GAGGAACGGGCUGCUGCUCAUCGAUUGAUUGGUUCUUGAUUUGCUGAAAAGAUGAUGUCAGGGCACGGCUUUCUCAGGCGGAGCGGGAGCGGCUGGGUCUUCGUGCGCUUCUUCCCCCGAAUGUCAUUACAUUGCAGAAGCAAAUUGAUCGCUCGGUCUAUCACAGUUGCAGUAUCCUUUGUCAUGGAGCUCAUCGGGCAUACAAGGUCGAGGGCUUGCAUGCCUGCUUAUUGGCAUAUGAUAGGAUGCAAGGUUUCCAAAGGGUUGUUGUUUUAAUCUCAUAUUUCCAACAUAAACCAGUUGCUUGAGCCAAGAGGCGUGAGUGAAGGAAGGUACUGUCAUGUUCACGUAAUUUCUAUGCCCUUAGCCUCUCUUUUCAGCCAUGAGAGUUGUGAUACUAAACUUAGUUGGAAGUCCGAUUUUUUUUUUUGCCUGGAUUACUUAUUCUCUAGCAUCCGAAUUUGAAUAGGCAAACUCAUUGAGUUAGCUCAUUGAUUUUAGAUCUUUGCCACUUUGAUUCUAUUUUGCUUUGAUUGGCUUGCGUAAACAUUGAACAAACCCAUCAUUUUUCUAAUUCUGACCAAAUAGAUUGUGGACUUUUUUCUUUGAUUUGUGGACAAAAAAAUUAUUAUAGUCUGAUAUUUGUAUGUGAGACAUUAUUUCAUUUUGUUUCUCUGCACUGAUCGAAUGUUUGUUCGCGAGGAAAUGUACCAUGAGAAUGGACUCUGUUCUAUACUUUAUUGUAGCUCAUAUCUUAGGGGUUGGAUGCAUAAAUGGAUGGCGUAACAGUAUUACAGUAUUACUCACUCAAGCUUUGAUUCUUAGUUAAUUUUGAUUGAAAGGACACUUUGUACAAAAAUUUAAGCUGCUGGCCAUGCCCUGAUGGAUACGACUGGUAUUUUCAUUUCAAAAAUGAGUUUCAGAGAAUCCAGCUGUUUGUUACCUCUCUCGUUUCCCCAGCAUAUUAACGUUAUUCUGGAGUAAAUUUUUUUAACAACAACCAGAAUAUUUCUGUAUAUUCUUGAUGUCAUUAUUCUUUUGUCUUUUUUUGCUUGAUGUUCUCUAGUAAGAUUAAUACUAUCCUGGGCUCAAUCAUGUCACCAAUAAAAAUAGUUUGCAUAAAAUUACCUUCUCUGUUGAUUAUUAGUGAAGGCUGCCAUGAUAAAAACAAUUCUCCUAUAAAAGAGAUUUUGCUAUUUAUUUUUAUUAGAAAGUCAUUAGUAGAUAACUGAAAUUAUAUUAUUGAUCAGCCAUACAUGUAGCUAAGUAAUAUCUAUUCCUUGAUGAUUAUCAUAACAGUAAACUGUUCUGCUAUAAAACUCGAACUUCCAAGCGAAUUAGUGAGGCUCUGCACAGGGUGUCGCCCAUCCCACUCCAUUAGCAUGAUGUGUAACAAAUUAUAAUAACAAGAAAAUGAUUGUCAAUAGGUUAUGAUAAACAGGCAAUAUUAUUCUCUCAGGGCUUGCCUCAUCUGCCAUGACCAAAGAUAUUCACUUUUUUAAGAGUCUCCAUCAGAUGAAAUGGCAUGACCUAGCAAGUAUGCCUGAUUUAAAGAUGUCACACAUGUCAGUCCUGUAAGUGAUUUAGUGUCGAAAAAUGCUCUUUACUAAAAGAAUGUUGAAAAAUGCUGUGAUUCUCUGGAAGGUCAGAGUUGUGCAUAAUGAAACUGCAAUGAAAAUCUUGCUGCGUUUAAGGGUUGGCAUCUGUUCUUUAUAGGAGAGAACAACUGAAAGAAGAUACGAAAUGGGGAGGAAGUAACUUAUAAUUUUUAUCAAAAACCAAAUUUAUGAAAGCUUAUGUUAAAAGCUACAAAGGUGUAAACAGAAAUCAUAUGCAAGGAGAAGUUGCAUAAUUAUGAUUUGUAGCUCUUCUGUUUGCAUUACUCGUUGUACUACUCUGUUUUUUUCUGGUACAUGCUGGUUGUACUACACGUUAGCCGCCAGUUUGCUUAUAUGACAGGCUGCUCAUAAGAGGAGGAACAUUUUAAAAUCAAGUAUGCUCAGGUGCUGUACUAAUCUGCGAGAUUUUUAUGUUAGUUUUACCACUCUUUUAUUCAGCCAAGCUUGUCUCAAGCUAAUUGGCUAGUCGUCUGAUUUGUGUAAACCACGUGCCCAUCUCGAGAUGCUAGACCCACUUAUUCCUCUUGUUUCCGAUUAGAGCCACAGGAUGGUCCUCUUCAGAAAUUAUUUCAAGAAAAUUUCCAGGGGAGCGCACCGAGUUACUUCAUGAAGGCUGUACUGUAUAUCUUCUCCGAUCGACCAUGUAGAAAUCCAACGAAGUGUUCAUAUCUGUGAGCAAUUUCAGUAAGCUAUAACUGGUCCAGCACCUUAAAUUGCCAUUGCGUGAACAAAAACCUUAUUGUUUCCUAUGGAGAUUGGAGUUUCUGUGAGUUAUAACUGGACCGGCAGCUUGAGUUGGAGAGGUGUACAUAUCCUACGGUUCAUAGCGGAUUCGCUCAUCCUCAGCAGGGUAUUAAAAGACAGCGCAGGGUGCAAAGGGCUUGCAUUAAAAGACACUUCCAUCUAUGCGAAAACAAUUGGGAUACCAGCUUGAAGGCAAGACCGCAGCAGGGAUCUCUCUCAUAUGAGGAGACGGCAAUCGUUAAUGUCCCCCAAUAAUUCGUCUUUCCAAUGAUAAAAAUGAGGUGCUUCCUUGGUGAUUAAAAAUUUUCAGUGGUAUAGGCCGCAGAGUGGUCUUCGCCAGCCGAUCAAACAAUGGAGUGGUCCCUCUCUCGGACGACGCGAAACUAGGAUCCAGUCCUGAUGGCGCGUCGAGCCUGGUGUCCAUUGGGGAUCAUGGGCACGUGGUCUGGCUCCAAUUACUGAGCUGGGAAGGCCUCGAUCCAUAUGAUUUACGUAUUUAAAUACAGUUCAUUUGGGAAAUUUGGUUCCAGACUAACUCCGCACGCAUCCCGUCACUUGCCUAGUUGCUUUCGUCGUUCAUGUGGCCGACUUCAGAUUGGAGGAUGAUGCCAAUAAGCUGGGCGAGCAGUAUUUGUUAGGUGCAUCCACCGAGCUCGUGCCUACUAAAGAAUCCUUGUAGCUGGGUUGCAGUUGACUGAAGCUUCUUAUUUUCUGCAAUCCUGUUGUGCUUCAUCAGCGGCACCGAAAGCGUCUAACUGGUUCGCACAUGGAGGAACCCAGAAGAGGAAUAAAAUUUGGAAAGGUCUCUUUCUCGAGACAUUCUUCAUUGCCUUCUCCGAUGAACGAGAGAAUGGAGAAGACACGUGAACACAAAGCUGUGGGGUUGUCUAGAGAGAAAUCGCAGCAGUUGGCUUGCUUUCAUCGCUUGGAGGUCCCGAAAAGUCCUCAUCGGGUUAUGGAGUUCCUCUCUAGAACCUGGAGCCCAUCUUCCUCUGACUUCUUUCAAAUACUCUCAUCAAAUAACCUAGUGCCACGGCUCGAGGACUGUAGGCCAGUGGAGCAUGAUGAAGAAUUAGAGGAGCUAGAAUCAGAGAACAAGGUCCAUUUAAAUGGAGGAACAGGCACUAGGAGUGUGGACCAAAUAUGGACAGUACUUUCCAGUGGAAAGCUUGCCCCAACAUCUCCUCAAACACAUAGAAUUUAUAGAAAAUGGACAAAUGUGAAAUUUAUAAAGGCAUGGCUAGGUGGCGAACCUAUCAGCAGCUUGUUGAGAGGAAGUAAAAUGAAGAGGAAGGAGGAGCUGCGACUUCAAGUGGCUCAAGUUCAUGCAGCUUUAUCUGUCGCAAGGCUGGCCGCGGGCAUCGCAGGAAUUGUGGCCAAUUGCAGCUUCGAACCAAGUAAUUCAAAGGACCUGAGCAUCCACAGUGGGGGAGGAGAUUGGGGUAAGGAGAUGAGCACAGUGGUUGCUUCUGCUGCAGCGUUGGUAGCGACUGUGUGCGCUGAAGCAGCUGAGUCUGUGGGUGCAAAUAGAGCUCAUGUUGCAUCGGUCGUCAGCACAGGCCUGGCAACUCGGACAUUCGCUGAUAUGCUCACACAUACUGCAACUGCUGCAACAUGUCUAAGAGGAGCUGCAACACUUAAGCUGAGAACAGUGGCUCAUGCGAAUUCAUCAGAGGAUCAUAAUAUCCUUGCAAGAGGCAGUGAACUCUUAAUUAUUAUGCCUUCUGGGAGGGUUCAACUUAGGAUGGUGUGCGUCUGCCUGAAGCAUAAUAAACUCACACUGAGAUUAGGAAAGAAGCAUUUGCAUGGAGUUUUUACAAGAUUUAAGGAGUAUAGGAUAUUUGAUGCAAUGGAGGGCAUAAAAGAUAGUGCCUUCACCAAGGAUGGCAACUGCUUCCACUUGAUAACCCUUGCAACCACGGGGGGAGCCAUUCAGGUGCUGUUUCAAGAAGAAAAGCAAUAUGGUUUCUGGAAGUCCACCAUUUCACACCUCUUAUCUGAUCAUUAAGAGCUGAAGGCGGUCUUCUGUUGUUUGUAUUAAUCUAUGUGUCCAGGUGUUAUAUUUUCUUUUCCUCUCCAGCUUAUCUACAUGAAUAAAUAAUUGAAGUUUGAUAAUGGAAAUAGUAUAC